CUCGGUACUGCCCCGUACCCGUGCUAGCCCGUUGCCGACGGCGAGGCGAAAGCGAGAGAGAGACAAACAGACAGACAGACAGACGAGACCACACCUCGCCUGGCCUGUUGAGCGACGAGACAAGAUCACAGAGGCACUGCACUCCACUCUGCUCUCAUCCCAGACAGACAGACAUCUACCGAGUCCAUUCGCUGCAUAUCACCAUGUCCCCCGCCCUCUGAUGGCCCCCCGAGGCUGCCCUAGGCUCCGGGAUACCGCGACCUCCGCGACGCGACGUGCCCCUGACUGACAUUCUACGCAUCACGCACACACUCUCACACGCACUCUCACUCGCCCACUCGCCCACACGUUCACUUCGCCUGCAUACGGACUCACAAACUCAACCCUCCCGCCGAGAAAGACCACAUCUAACCCCUUCCUUUCAUGGCCGCAUGACAAGCCGACCGACCGCCCGACAUGGAGAGCAGUCCUGGAUAUGUCAACGUCAUGGGCUCGGCCACCCUGCCGCCCCUGCAGCCAGUCCAUCAUGUUGCCUGGGCCGAGAGGACUGUCAUGUCCACGCCCUCCCCCGAUGGGACAACUCCCACCUCGGCCUCGUCCUCCUCGGAUGGCCCGCCGCUGCAGGACCCUCCUGCCGUCUCCCCUGCGCCCCUGGACUGGGAGGCCCAUAAACAGCUCAUCAAGGACCUGUACAUGGGCCAAAACCUCAACCUCACCGAGGUUGUCGAGAGAAUGAGGUCUCGCAACUUUCAUGCCACUCCCAGGAUGUACAAGGCUCAGUUUGCCCGGUGGACAUGGAGCAAAUAUAACUGCAAAAGGAUGCGGCGUGACCUGUCUUCCGGCAAGGCCAUCGAGAAGUCCACUGGCAAGUCGUGUCACAGGGUCAAGCGCCAACGCCCCACAAAGGCACCCAAGAGGAAGGACCAGCCAUCAUCUGAGGCCACUCAAGAAUCCACUCAAGAAGCCUCUCCGCCCGCCGAGGAGGCCGCUCCUCAAACAGCCACUGUCGUUCGCAGGCCGCAGUACCCCCAACUGAGCGUCCUUUCUUACCAAGUAGCCCACGCCGAUGAUGGCACCCGCUUCAUGCAGUCUGUUCUCACCGACAUCAGGAACCACGUCUACAGCUUCUUCUCGCGCAAGCACGAGUGGCAACGGUCUCCUGGCACUAGCCUCAUCUCCGCCUACAAUUAUGCCUUCUACGAUUCUUUCCGCAUCGCAAUGGACAGCUUCGUCAAGAAUGAGCACUUCAACGGCGGCGAGAUCCUCCGCCGGGCUUUUCUCGAGGUCGAGGAGGCCCUGCAGACAGACUAUUCGUCGACCUUCUACUUCUUCUUCAUCGACCUGCCCGACUUGUUCUUGCACUACGGAAGGCACGACAUCUUUGUCAUCUUGCUGGCGCACAUCAACAGGCUGACGGCCUUGGGCCUGCGCGACAAGAUCAUCGGGGCCGGCUUUGCCAGCCUGCAUGCACUGGCAGAAUCGAACCCGGCUUUCCUACGGCAUUACAUCAGCGGCGCGUCCGGCCUCUGGUGUGACCUCCUGUCCGAGCUACGCGGUCCCAGGGACCGGGGCACUCUCCUUGCGAGGAGGAACCACCUACGACACUCUCAUUCCAAGGAUCCCCAGAAAGUCAAGGCGCUCUGUGACGAUUAUGAUCACCUUUUGGGCGAGGUACAAAAACAUUGGGGCCAAGGGCACACCGCAUCCAGGCACUUGGAGGACGUGGUCCUGAUGACGCAGCUCAACUAUGAUCACUUCUCGGAUAGCUUCGCAGAGAGGAACGAGAGGCUGAUAGAAGGUGUUGUGACAAAGUACCAGCUCGCCCCCAGCUCAGCCCCCAGCCCCGUCACGCCGGAAUCGAUCGACAGCGGUAGCAAUACUAGCGACGGCAAGUACGAGGUGUUGCCGCUCGCAGCCUGGGACGUGCUCGACCGCAACAUCCGGUCCAACUGCUACCAUCGGUUGGCGUGCUACUACGUGCACCAGGGAGAUGCGCCGCUUGCCGCUUUCUAUGGCGCAAAAGCGAGGGAGGGGUGGAAGACGGACUUUUGGCAGCUGGAAGUCGAAGCCCUCCUUGUCGGUUCUGGAAGGCUAUUCGAAGCCGAGACGCUUCGACGCUGUCGCCUUGAGGCCCAGUAUUUCGGGAAGCUGUUGGAAAAUGACUGGACCGCCGCAGUUUGUCCGUCUGACAAUACCAAAGCUGCCGAGCUAGACUACUACCUCAAUAUCCGACCGUCUGUUAUGAAGAAGAUGCCACACACAACCGGUGGUUCCUGGGCUCCAAGCCUGGGCUAUGGUGGUCACCGGCCCUUGGCUAAGAGCUGAAGAUGAGCCGGCUGUGGUUCGAAAACAUCGAAUUCGGGGCUUCAAGCACUAGCCACCGGUAACGAACAAAAGUUAUAGCUCCCGAGGCCCGGCCUACAGUCUAUCGCGCCCUAGCACAUCUGAUGUGCUACCAGGUGAAGGCCAAAAACCAGCCGGGUGCUCAUUAUAAAGUGAUGGCUGAGUAGCCUAAAUCUUCACACUAAGUUGCAUUCGAAUCACAAGUUUGAACGAAAUGUGGGCUUUUAAAACACAUGCUACGAGACACUUUCCGACGCGGACCGUCCAUCCCUGAACAAAAAAAGAACAACGCAAACGCCCUCAAACUUGCGACACGCACUGAGCAAGCAGCUAUUCAAAGAUCACCAAUACCCGAAGUGUCAUAGAAACGCACCCGAGCAUACCUGUGUGACAAAGUUAUACCACCCGGCAAUCCUUCAAACGCGCAAUGACGGCACACAAACUCGUCAGGGGCAACAGCUCCCUUUUUAUGGCCGUCGGCUCUUCCCUGAGGGCUCGACCGGUGACCCCGACCAUCGUGGGACCCCAGGGCAGAAGGAACACCGAUAAGACAUUCUGCACAAGUCAAGACCAAGGAUCCACCCACUCGCCCUCCAUUGUCCAUCUCGGUGUGACCAUCUCGUCUCCCCUCAUAGACAGCCCGCACAGGCGGAGGCCAACGGCCGGCGUCAUGCCGCGGAGUGGGUACGACACGACCAACAUGCGCAUGGCAGCGAACCCUCGACCGGCAGGCUCUGCCGCGGGGACAGGCAAGCCGAGAAAUGACAAGUCAAGCGGUGGCGGCACCGGCGGCGACGGCAGCGGUGGCGGUGGCGGUGGCGGUGGCGGUAGGGGAGUCGGUGACAGGCGCAAGGACAACGGCCGAGACGGAGACGAUAAAGGCUCUGCAAAGAAGCCAGAGCAGGAGCCGGGACGGGGAAGCAAGGACGAGGAACCGACCGCCGACAAGACCGCCGACGAAGUGAAAAUCCCGUGGGUAGACGUGCGCAUUCCGUUGGAAGGUCGUGGGUGGACGUUCUGGCUAUGAUGACCUUGGGAGGCCAAUGUCGCGAUUUUCCUCGGGCGGGCGCGCGCGAUAUCUAGCGCACCGGCCGAACCGCGACCGCUCGCUCGACUUGCCGUCGCCCAUUCUAUUUUCUUGUCACGACCUGGUACGGAGGAAAACGGAUCAGCUGCGGCAUGCCGGGCCUUGGGGACGCGGCGGGACGCGGCCUGACGUUGCGAAGCCCUGCGGUCUCGUGAGUCAGCGGGACAGGGUGGUGGGUAGGAGGGGAGACAUCAUAGUUCUGGGGCAGGACGGGCGAACGGGCUCGGUGCGGACGGCAAGGCCCGUGACGGCUGGCGCACUCGCGUAUGGCGCACAGACAGCUGUCAACGAUCAUCGGAGCAGUCCAUGCUCCAGGCUCGCAGCGAAUAGAUCAUUUGUUUGUUCGGUCGGCAAAGUGGGCGAAGGACUGCGAAAGAAUGGCUUUCAUCCUGAUUCACAAGGGUGGAUCAUUGCCCACUGUGUGUAUACGCGUUUCGAGGAGAGGAGUUGGGAGACAGACAAGCCUCGAAGAUGGGGAAUAUCAUUCGAAUCGAGAAGGCGCACUGAAGCUUAGGAUGGCGACCUGAAAUCUGAUGGCCAAGUUUAGCAAUACAGGAACAUAAAUUCCAUCCAUCCUCCAUG